AGCGCAGUCCCGCAGCAGUACGAGGGGUGCGUUUGAUUACUGCACCGUUAAAUGGCGGAUGAGGACAAGGGGCUGUAGCACGAACAAUAACACCGCACAUACCCAGCAAAGCGCUUCUUAAUCGUCUCAGUUUGCCGAUGCGAAUCCCGCAUGCAUCGCGUGCAGUCAUUCAUAUGUGGCUAUAUCACUGAUUGAGUUUGGGCACGAUUGAUCGCGGAUUUCAGCCGAGCUCCGGGGGAAGUCGGUCUCUUGAUGGUGGUUGUAAUAUGGGGGACUCGCUCGGUCUGAUCGGGAAGCGGCUGCUGCUGCUGCUCGGUGACGGGAGCUCCGCGGCGGCGGUGGAGCAGGCGGCCUGGCUCCGCGGAACCGUGCGGGCGGUCAGUGUGAUCGGGCUGGCGAGCCCGGGGAUGGAGGUGUUUGUAGAGUUUGACGACAGCCCUUGGCGGCAGCGCUCAUGGGUGCAGGUGUACGGGGACGAGGUGCGAGCCGUUCUCAUGGAGAGUGCCAUCGUCUGGGCCAACUGCAGCGACCCAUCGCUCUCCGCUGCUCAGUGGCCAGCCUUGAUGUUCAAACCGCUGGUUGACCAUGUGGGUUUGGGAUCCUUGGUUCCUGUGGAGUUCUUUGGUGCAAGAACUUUGGCAUUUCUCCCUAAUGGGAGUUCACUGCACACUUUUGAGACUGAAAAAGAUUUUGGACACUCUUUGCUACAAGAGCAGCUGGCCCUUCAAGCUGCCAUCAGGAGCUGGCACAGUGACUCUGAGUUGCAGGAGAUCCUGCGGAAACGAUCUUACACUAUUCAGGGUCGGAGAGUGCAGGUGUACCAGCCGGAGUUUGAGGAGCCCUGGGCCCUGGGACUCGUAUCUCAGCAUGAUCCUGUUUCACACAUUAUGGAGAUUACCAUGGACCAGGUCCGUGUGAAAGGUGAAGAGACACAAGUCGUCGAUCCUCGGGUUAUUCAUGUGAUGCUUGCUGUGGAACAAUUAGAAGAGAGCCCAGAUCGACGCAAGAAAGUGAGCGACGGUGGGAAAGGUGAGGGCAGCCGGCGGCGCAGGACAGCAUCGGAAGGAGAUGAAGACAUUACUCUGAAACGUUUUAAAGGAGCCGGAGAGGGCGCCUCUGACGGCCAGAAUGCCAAUGGCUCCAACAACGAUGCUGAGGCUAUGGUAACAUGCGUAGAGAUGCCGGGAGAGGGAGUAGUGGAGGGAAGAGACGGAGGGGGUGGCGUAGGUGGGAGGGUGACGAGCACUUGUAGUCCAGUAGCUUUGCCAAGUCAAGACUCUUCUAACAACAGCAAUUCCUCUCAGCAGGAGCACUCCCACAUAAGGAGCACAGGUUUUGUCAAGGAGAAUGGCAGUUUUGUCCCGAACCAAGAAAGGAUAUCGUCUUCAGUAUCAGCGGUGCUUCCUGCGUCCACUCCAACACCACCUCCAUUGAAGCCUGCCCCAUCGCCCUUUUCCAACACUUUUCCUUCUUUGGGUCAAAUGCCCAGCUUGGUGCCCGGGGCCCCUGCCCCUAAAUCGUCUCCCACACUCCCAGCAGCCGAGAGGGAGGAGGGAGGUGUCCUUUCAGGGUAUCCUAAAACAGCUGCCCUGGUGUCUCCAGGUCCUGUGACCAUUUCAUCACCUUCCCAAGACAACGCUUCAAGUGUGACUCUCUCUGCUCCUGUAGAAGCAAACCAAAAGCCCAGUAUGUGGGGAUCAGCUCCAGAAGCAAGCCAGGGCCCCAAGACCCCCGCUCUAGCUGCUGCAGGAUUUGGUAAACAGUCGAGUGAGGCAGUGUUUGGGGAUGUUCCCACACAGGCCAACGGUUCUUCCCAGGAGGACAAGCCUUUUGGCUUUCCUUUUGGAGCUGCGAAGGAGUCGCAGAGGCAAGACUCUGAUCCCUCACAGAACCUGUUCUUCCAAAUCAUGUCUCAGAACCAGAGCAUCACACAAGGCCAGUCAAAGGCCUUCACGUCCUUGUCCAAGUGCCUGAACAAGGAGCCGCCCAGCCUGUUCAAGCCUGCUGCUCCCUCCGAGGGUUUAAGAAAGGCAGUUGUGGCUUCUGCAUCCGCUGGACUGUUUGGUUCAGCACCUGCUAGUGGCCUGGCACCAAUGAAAGAGCAGCCAAAAGUGCCUGAUAUCAAGCCUGCAGGCAAUGGGAUCCUAAUGAACAAGCCUUUCGGAGCGGUGGGGGAGGUGCACAGCAAACUCCCAGCCACGUUUCCCUCAGCCGUAGGUCAAGCUGCGAGUUCUGUAGAGGCUCUGAAACCCUCUUUGGGAUUAGGAACCAGUGGCCUUGGCAAUGCCAGAAAUGUUAACAGCUCGAGUCCAGUCAGCGGUUUUGGUCUGCUUGCUGGCAACAAGGUUUCAGAAACUCACGAGAACCUUUUUCUACAGGCCACCAAGGAAACAAAUCCAUUUCUCGCUUACGGCGGAGCUGUUUCGCACAGCCCUUUUAGUGCAUUGUCAACCCCAAAGUCGUCAUCUGCGCUGUCCGCAUCUGCUGUUUCACCUUCGGGCAGCUCCGGUCUACUUAGUCAAGAUCCUCCUGGUGGAGAUGCCAAACCAAACCUGUUCACCAUGGCAGAACCUCCUAAGGGAAUCUUAGCCCCCCAAUUCGCUGCUCCUGCUCUCACGACCACUCCAUCAUUCACUCCGGCUGCCCAGGAUGGACAACAGACGUCCAAACCAAACAAAGAAGGUUCAGACGGCAGCCCGGGAAUCCGCGUCAGCACCGAAGGCCUAGGUGUCGCUACGCUUUUCGACCAAACCAAGUUUUCUUUGGAGGAACGCAGUCAGUCCACUAAAAGGGAUUCAGAGUCCAGUAGCAACAGUGACCUGUCUGAUUUGAGCGAGGCAGAGGACAACUCAGGCCAGAGCCAGAAACCUGGGGUUCCUGCAGCUGGUGAGGAUAAGAACAAGACCCAGCCUGCGGCUAAGAGCCGGCCGCGGAGCAAACCCUUCAAAGCGGGGCAGUCCGUGUUGAAGGACCAGAAUAAGGUUCGGCGCUUGAAGCAGUCCGGAGAGUCCUUUCUGCAAGACGGCUCCUGCAUUAACGUGGCGCCCCACCUGCACAAAUGCCGCGAGUGCCGUCUGGAGCGCUACAGGAAAUCCCGCGAGGACGAGGACGAUGACGACCCAAACGUUUCCUGCCGAUUCUUCCACUUCCGCAGGCUGGCUUUCACUAAGAAGGGAGUCCUUCGCGUGGAAGGCUUUCUGAGCCCGCAGCAGAGUGACAGCAUGGCAAUGGGGCUUUGGCUCCCCUCCCUCACGGUACACGAAGGACUUGACCUGGACACGUCCAAAUAUAUUUUAGCAAACGUGGGUGACCAGUUUUGCCAACUGGUCAUGUCAGAGAAAGAGGCCAUGAUGAUGAUAGAGCCCCAUCAAAAAGUGGCAUGGAAGCGAGCUGUGAGGGGAGUGAGAGAAAUGUGCGACGUGUGUGAAACAACGCUGUUCAACAUCCACUGGGUGUGUCGCAAAUGCGGUUUCGGCGUUUGUCUCGACUGCUACCGGCUACGCAAGAACAGGCCACCUGAAGACGAGAGUCCAGAAGAAGAGGUGUUCUCAUGGCUGAAGUGUGCUAAAGGCCAGCCACACGAACCACAGAACCUCAUGCCCACUCAAAUUAUACCUGGAACAGCCUUGUACAGCAUAGGUGACAUGGUACACGCAGCCAGAGGUAAAUGGGGGAUCAAAGCGAACUGUCCCUGCACUAGUCGACAUAACAAACCUUUGGUGCGGCCCAGUGCUCCAAAUGGCCUUUCACAGUCGGGUGCAGCUAACAGUGUGGGGAAUGGAGCCACUUCCACUUCAGCCACAACCCGUCCGAACGGGGAACCAGCAGCGGGUGUAGCAGUCAAAACAGAGCCUGUUGAAGAGGCGGGCAUUGCUGACACUACGUCAGGCUCCAGUGGGACAAACAGCAGCACUCCUAGCCCUGCUCCUGCCCAGACACCAGCCACUAAAGAUGGCAAGGGCAGUUCCUCAGCCCUUCACUGGCUGGCCGACCUGGCCACACAAAAGGAGCCCAAAGAGUCUCUGCGCUCCAUGAUGGGUCGUGACUCUCGUGCUCCAUUUGGUCUGGAUUCCUUCGGCACCCUUUCCAAACCCUCAGGGUCCAGUCCCAAGCUCUUCAAUAGUCUGCUGCUUGGCGCUGGCCCUUCCCAACCCAAAGCAGAGGGCACUAGCCUCCGGGAUCUGCUGAACUCUGGCCCUGGGAAGCUUCCGCAGGGUCCCGCCGAAGGAGGUGUUCCUUUCCCUUCAGUGUUCUCCACUGCUGGUCAGGCUGAUAAAAUGAAGGGAGGCCUUCCUAACUUCCUGGAUCAUAUAAUUGCAUCAGUGGUGGAGACUAAGAAGGCAGAGGGUCGACGUGCGUCAGGGUCAGCAGAAGGCGGCGAGUCGGGGACUGCUCCUCGCAGAGAGGGCUUGAUGGGUCUCAGUGUAUUAGACCCCCACACUUCACACUCGUGGCUGUGUGAUGGCCGUUUGCUCUGCCUGCAGGACCCCAGCAACACCAACAACUGGAAGAUCUUCAGAGAGUGCUGGAAACAAGGACAGCCUGUGCUGGUCUCAGGCAUACACAAAAAGCUGAAGGGUAACUUGUGGAAGCCAGAGUCCUUCAGCAAGGAGUUUGGAGACCAGGAUGUGGACCUGGUCAACUGUAGGAACUGCGCCAUUAUCUCUGAUGUCAAAGUCCGAAACUUCUGGGAUGGCUUCCAGGUCAUUUCCAAGCGGUUGAAGGGUGGAGAUGGCCAACCUAUGGUACUAAAACUUAAAGACUGGCCUCCUGGAGAAGAUUUCAGAGACAUGAUGCCCACUCGGUUUGAUGAUCUUAUGGAGAACCUUCCUCUGCCAGAGUACACUAAGAGAGAUGGCCGUCUCAACUUGGCCUCUCGUCUUCCAAACUUCUUCGUUCGGCCAGAUUUGGGUCCUAAAAUGUACAAUGCCUAUGGUAAGAGAUCUGCAUUCAACAUCCUCGCCACUGCUUAUGAGGAAUACACUGACAAAGCAGACCUCGCUGGAUUCAAAGAGGUGAUGCAGACCAUUGAAGAGGGAGAUGUGGAUGACAUGACUAAGAGAAGAGUCUAUGAAGCAAAGGAGAAACCUGGCGCUCUCUGGCACAUCUACGCCGCCAAAGACGCUGAGAAGAUCCGCGAGCUCCUGCGCAAGGUUGGAGAGGAACAAGGUCAGGAGAACCCACCAGACCAUGAUCCUAUCCACGACCAGAGCUGGUACUUGGACCAGACGCUGCGCCGCAGGCUGUACGAGGAGUAUGGAGUCCAGGGCUGGUCCAUUGUGCAGUUUUUGGGAGAUGCCGUGUUUAUCCCAGCUGGAGCGCCACAUCAGGUGCACAACCUGUACAGCUGUAUCAAGGUCGCAGAGGACUUUGUUUCUCCUGAGCACGUGAAGCACUGUUUUAGACUGACGCAGGAGUUCCGCCACCUUUCCACCACUCACACUAACCAUGAAGACAAGCUACAGGUGAAGAACAUCAUCUACCAUGCCGUGAAGGAUGCUGUGGGAACAUUAAAAGCCCAUGAGCCUAAACUAGGCCGCUCUUAGUUGUUGAACUGAUAGUAGAGGAGUCACAGAGAGAUUUGGUCUCGGGGUGGGUGAGAUUUGGGUUUGGAUGAGGCCAGUGUGCUCCCAAAACUAGCUGUUUAUAAUGGAACGUCCCAGCGUUUUGGUAGGAUGAAGAUGCUGCUUCAUCAGUGUUACAAAAGCAUUGUUUAGUUUUGGAAUCCUUUUCUCUGUAUUUAAAAAGUCUGUUCUUUUUCUCAGCGUUUAGAAUUGUUGGACUGUUCAGAGAGCUGGGGAUUUAUAAGCUGCCAUGAAUCAUUUAAAAGGCCUACAACAAGGUUUCUCCAUGACUUCUGUGAAAAGACAAAAAUGAGCACUGGGUUUCCUUCUUCGAGAACAUUCAUUUUGUGCUCUUCAAUGAAGGAGAGCUUUUAGUUAAGAUAGGGGUCAACAGUAAGUAAAUUGAUUAAAAGAUUCCCACCGACUUCUUCAGGAGAGGUGGAUAAGAGCACAGAAGGGGACUAGACCAAAGUUUUUUAUUUUUAAGUGUCUUUUUGAUGAAAACAUGUUCUUUGCUUUUUUUGUAAUAUGACCUUUUAGGUAAUAUUUCACUGACAACAAGCGUUAGACUGGCUUUGAGGAACGUCAUUCGAGAAUCAACAAUUCCGGUUCUGCAGAACUACUUGUCAUUAAUAUGUACCAAUAUAUAUAUUGAUCUUAGCAGUGUGUAUCAAAAUAAAGGUUUACAAGAAAUUAUCUGGCCCCGUUGUUUGAAAAUUACACCGCGUAUUUCUUAGCUAUCUAUUCGUUUAAUGCUUACUAUUUUAUUUUAUAAGACAUUUUGUGGUUCAUGGAUGACACUGCAAUAAAUUAAAGCUUUUGA